AUGCGCCUCCUCGGCUUUUUUUCACUCUUGCUACCAGUGGCAUGCGCAUAUUCGACCUUUCCUGUCAUCUCCGAAGUCCACUUGACUACGCUCAUAUGGAUAUACGAAGACCACAACCUUUGCGAGGACGGAUGCAACAUCGCGUACAAGUACUUCAAAGGCCAAAUGGGAGAGGUAGCUUGGUUCUACAAGGAGGUUCCGGGAGGCUCGAUGCUGGAAGCGCUCUCGGGAAAUCCGUCAGGAAUAGGCAUUGCGGAGACGUGGAAGAAGUGUCCACAAGCAAAUCCUGACGAUGACGACAGACCCGUGCAUCUUGGAAAUGCUCGUGCCACACAUCCGUACAGAACACCGGUUCAAGCAUAA